CGACGUCCCAUCGUCGAAAGGAGACUAGCAAGAUGUCUCACCGCAAGUUCGAGCACCCCCGUCUCGGUCACCUUGGCUUCCUCCCCAAGAAGCGCUCCCAGCGCGCCAGGGGCAAGUGCAAGAAGUUCCCCAGGGACGACGCGUCCAAGGAGCCCCACCUCACCGCGUUCAUGGGUUUCAAGGCGGGCAUGACGCACGUGGUCCGCGACGUGGACAAGCCCGGGUCCAAGCUCCACAAGAAGGAGACGCUCGAGGCGGUCACCAUCGUCGAGACCCCCGCGAUGGUGGUCGUCGGCGUCGUCGGCUACGUCAAGACCCCGCAGGGCCUGCGCGCGCUCAACACCGUGUGGGCGGAGCACCUCAACGACGAGAUUCGACGCCGCUUUUACAAGAACUGGUUCAAGUCCAAGAAGAAGGCUUUCACCAAGUACGCCAAGAAGUACACCAACGGCACGAUCCAGCAGGAGCUCGACAACCUUCGCAAGAACGCCGACGUCGUCCGCGUCAUUGCGCACACCCAGGUUCGCAAAGUUAAGAAUCUCAAACAAAAGAAGGCGCACGUCAUGGAGAUUCAAGUCAACGGCGGCGACGCCGCCGCCAAGGUUGACUUUGCCUACAAGUUCUUCGAGAAGGCCAUCCCCGUCGACGCCGUGUUCAACAAGGACGAGAUGAUCGACUGCAUCUCCGUCUCCAAGGGUAAGGGUUUCGAGGGCGUCGUCACCCGUUGGGGCGUCACCCGCCUGCCCCGCAAGACGCACCGAGGUUUGCGCAAGGUUGGAUGCAUCGGCGCGUGGCACCCCGCGCGCGUCGCGUUCACCGUCGCCAGGCCCGGCCAACACGGCUACCACCACCGCACGGAAAUUAACAAGAAAAUCUACCGCGUGGGCAAGGAGGGUGAGGAUUCGCACAAGGCGACUACGGAGCACGACGCGACUGAUAAGGACAUCACCCCCAUGGGCGGCUUCCCCCACUACGGCAUCGUCAAGAACGAUUACCUCAUGAUCAAGGGUGGCAUCGCGGGCCCGCGGAAGAGGGUCAUCACCCUCCGCCAGUCCCUCUUCAAGCAGACUUCGCGGGUCGCGCAGGAGGAGAUUGCCAUCAAGUUUAUCGACACGUCGUCCAAGUUUGGCCACGGCAGGUUCCAAACCGCCGAGGAGAAGGCGAAGACGUACGGCCGCGUCAAGGCUUGAGGCGUUUUUUGAAUGGGAAACGCUCGGGAGGACGUCGCCCCGUAGUUUUAUUAGCCGAGUUUACUUGCAAUACGCACAAUAUACAUGCGAGUCGACUCAG